AUGUCAAGUAAAAGUCAACAAACUGUAUCAAAAACAAUUGAUGAAGAAGAGAAUUCAAUAGAUGAUUCAUAUUUGCCUAGUUUAUUCGAUGAAAAUGAUGCAGAUAGGGCAUACCUUGCAAAAUCCAAAUUAGUUUCAAAUGCAAUACAAAAAAUUGGAUUUGGUAAAUAUCAAAUUGGAUUAUUCUUUGUUGCGGGUUUUGGAUGGUUUGCUGAUAAUUUAUGGCCAGUAGCCACAUCGCUCAUAAUUCCUAGAUUAAAUUCAAUAGAUGGUGUUCAUCCACCAGUUGGUAAAGCUCCUUAUUUAACAUUGGCUCAAAACCUUGGAUUAUUAGCUGGUGCUUUAUUUUGGUCAUUAACUUCAGAUAUAAUUGGAAGAAGAUGGGCUUUUAAUUUAACAUUUUUAAUUAGUGGAAUUUGGGGUACAAUUGCUGGUGCAUCACCCAAUUUUGCAGCUAUUGGUAUAUUUUGUGCAUUUUGGUCCUUUGGAGUAGGUGGUAAUUUACCUGUUGAUUCAGCAAUUUUUAUAGAAGCAUUACCUGAGAAAUAUAAAUGGUUAUUAACAGUUAUGCUGAUUUGGUGGGCUUUCGGGCAAAUUGUGGCUAAUUUAAUUUCAUGGGGUUUAAUUGCCAAUUAUUCAUGUAAUGAUCCAAAUAAUUGUUAUGAUGUUGAUAAUAAAGGUUGGAGAUAUUUUUUAUAUACUGUUGGUGGAUUAACAUUAUUGAUGUUUUUAGCUAGAUUUUUAUUUCAAGUUUUUGAAUCACCUAAAUACUAUUUAGCUAGAGGUGAAGAUGCAAAAGCAAUUGAAGUUUUAAAUAAAAUUGCCAAGAUUAAUAAAAGUGAUAAUACAUUAACAGUAGAAGAUUUACAAGAGAUUGAAGAAGGUAAACAUGAGAAUAGAUUACUUCAAGAAAAAUUGAAAAAGUAUAAUUUUUCACACAUUCGUCAAUGUUUUGGUUCAAGGAAAUUAGCAAUUUCAUCAUUAUUAGUUAUAAUAACAUGGGGAUUAAUUGGUUUAGCAUUUCCAUUAUACAAUGCAUUUUUACCAUAUUAUUUAGAAACUAGAGGAGAUGCUAAUGAGCCAUUAAGUGUUCAUGAUACUUAUCGAAAUACAUUAAUUGUUUCUGUUCUUGGAGUACCUGGAGCCAUAAUUGCUGGCAUAUCAGUUGAAUUGAAAAUAGGUAGAAAAGGUACAUUAUGUAUUUCAAGUAUUUUAACUGGAGUUUUUUUAUUUGCUUCAACAACUGCUAAAACAAGUAAUGCAAAUUUAGCUUGGAAUUGUUUAUUUUCAUUCUUUUCAAAUUUAUUAUAUGGAGUAUUAUACGGUGCCACUCCAGAGCUAUUUUAUUCUCAGAUUAGAGGAACAGGAAUUGGUUUAGCUUCUUCUUUUAAUAGAAUUAUGGGAGUUUUUGCACCUAUAAUUGCAAUUUAUGCUGAUUUAACUACAUCAGCUCCAAUAUUUGUAUCAGGGGCUCUAUUCAUAGUAUCUGGAUUAUUGAUUUUAUUGUUCCCAUAUGAAUCAAGAGGUAAAGCAAGUUAUUAA